UAGCUCCGAUGUGAGCUUGAGCUCCAGCCUCCAGCUACGUACCUACCUAUACCCCCAGGCCCCAGCAGUGCUAGCGCCACGCACGAGCUCUCAUGGCGGCCACGCCGACUACCAAGGUCCUCGUGUCCACGUUCCUCAGCUUCUUCCUCUUCCUCUUCCACGGCGCAAGCCCCGCUCCCGUGGCCAGCGUCGGCGCCGCGUCGGAGGAGGGCGACAGCUCCGCGCUUUUGGCCUUCAAGUCCGCCGUGUCCGACGACCCGAAGGGAGUGCUCGCCGGCUGGGGCGCCUCCCCGGACGCGUGCAACUGGACGGGCGUCGCCUGCGACCCGGUGACGCGGCGUGUCGUGCAGUUGGUGCUGAGAGAGCAGAAGCUCUCCGGGGAGCUCUCUUCCGCGCUCGGCAACCUCUCGCACCUCAGGGUGCUCAACCUCUCCGGCAACCUCUUCGCCGGCAGCGUGCCGCCGGAGCUUGGCAGCCUCUCCCGCCUCAGGUUCCUCGACGUGUCGUCGAACACGCUCGCCGGGACGGUCCCACCGGAGCUCGGCAACCUCUCGAGGCUCAGCUCCCUCGAUCUCUCCGGGAACGCCUUCGCCGAGCCGGUGCCGCGGGCGCUCGGGAAGCUCUCCCGGCUGAAGCAGCUCAGCCUCGCCGACAACCAGUUCCAGGGCUCGAUUCCGGUUGAGCUCACGCGUGUCCUGAACCUCGAAUACCUCAACCUCGGCGGGAACAACCUCUCCGGGCCCAUCCCGGCGGCCAUAUUCUGCAACCUCUCCGCCCUGCAGUACAUUGACAUGUCGUCCAACAUUCUCGACGGCGAGAUCCCCAUCCGGCCGGAUUGCCUUCUCCCCAACCUGACGUUCCUCGUGCUGUGGUCCAACAACCUCGUCGGCGGCAUCCCGGCAUCGCUGUCAAACUCGACGAAGCUCCGGUGGCUGCUGCUGGAGUCGAACUUCCUCGGCGGCGAGCUGCCGUCCGACGGCAUGUUCGGCGGCAUGAGGAGCCUCGAGCUUCUGUACCUGUCGUUCAACUACUUCAGGAGCCCGCGGAACAACACCGACCUCGAGCCGUUCUUCGCCUCGCUCACGAACUGCACCGGCCUGAGGGAGCUCGGCGUCGCCGGUAACGACCUCCCCGGCACGAUCCCGCCGGUCGUCGGCCGCCUCUCCCCCGGCCUCAGGCAGCUCCACCUUGAGUUCAACAGCAUCUUCGGCCCGAUCCCGGCGAACCUCUCCGACCUCGCCAACCUCACCACCCUCAACCUCUCCCAUAACCUCCUCAACGGCUCCAUCCCGCCGGGCUUAUCGCGCAUGCAGCGGCUCGAGCGGCUGCACCUCUCCAACAACCUGCUCUCCGGCGACAUCCCGCCGUCCCUCGGCUCGUUCCAGCGGCUCGGGCUCCUCGAUCUUUCGCAGAACCAGCUCGCCGGCGCCAUUCCUCCGAGCAUCGUGCAGUGCGUUAACCUGCUGAAGCUCGAUCUCUCACACAACAUGCUGCGAGGCGUGAUCCCAGUGGGCUUGUCGGAGCUGAGCGCACUGUUCUACCUCAACCUCUCGAGCAACCUGCUGUCCGGCGCGAUCCCGGCGACCAUCGGCGAGAUGGAUAAGCUGCAGGUGCUCAACCUGUCGUCGAACCGGCUCUCCGGCACGAUUCCGCCGGAGCUUGGCGGCUGCGUCACGCUCGAGUACCUCGACCUCUCCGCCAACGCGCUCGUAGGCGGCUUGCCGGAGACCCUCGGCUCGCUCCAGUUCUUGCAGGUCCUCGACGUGUCCUGCAAUGGCCUCACGGGGGACCUGCCUCGGUCCAUGGAGAAUAUGGCGUCGCUGCGGCUUCCUAACUUUUCCUACAACGGCUUCUCCGGCGAGGUGCCGAGCGGCGGGGCCUUCCCGGGGUUCCCGGCGGACGCGUUCCUCGGCGACGCUGGGCUGUGCACGCGAACGGCGUCGAUGGCGUCUGGCCUGGCUAGGUGCGGCGGCGCGACGCGCAGAGUGCUCCACAACCGGCGGGUGGUGGUGCCCGUUGCCGUCACGGUCGCGAGCUUCACGGUGGCUAUCAUUGGGCUCGCCGCGUGCCGGGCGGUGGCGAGGACGGCGAGCGCGAGCGUGGGACGAGACGGGCGGCGAUCCACGCUCCUUUCGUACGGCGGCGACGAGCCGAUCGAGAGGGGCGACCACCCGAGGAUCUCGCACCGGGAGCUCUCGGAGGCGACGGGCGGGUUCGAGCAGUCGAGCCUCAUCGGCGCCGGGCGGUUCGGGCGCGUCCACGAGGGGACGCUCCGCGACGGCACGCGCGUCGCCGUCAAGGUGCUCGACCCGAAGACCGGAGGCGGCGAGGUCUCCCGGAGCUUCAAGCGCGAGUGCGACGUCCUGCGGCGGACGCGGCACCGGAACCUGGUGCGCGUGGUCACCACGUGCAGCCAGCCGGACUUCCACGCGCUGGUGCUCCCGCUGAUGACCAACGGCAGCCUCGAGAGCCGGAUCUACCCGCGCGACGGCCGCCCCGGCCGCGGCAUGGACCUCGCGCGGCUGGUCGCCAUCGCCGGCAACGUCGCCGAGGGGCUCGCGUACCUGCACCACUACGCGCCCGUCCGCGUCGUGCACUGCGACCUCAAGCCCAGCAACGUGCUCCUCGACGACGACAUGACGGCCGUCGUGGCCGACUUCGGCAUCGCGCGGCUGGUCAAGGACGCCGACGGUGACGUCGACGAUCACAUCACCGGCUCCGCCGAUCCGUGCAACUCCAUCACCGGAUUGUUGCAAGGUUCCGUGGGCUACAUCGCACCAGAGUACGGACUAGGAGGCCCCCCGUCGACGGAAGGCGACGUGUACAGCUUCGGGGUGCUGCUGCUGGAGCUGAUCACCGGGAAGCGGCCGACUGACGUGCUCUUCCAAGAGGGACUCACGCUGCACGAAUGGGUCAGGCGGCAGCGGCACCACACGCAUGACAUCGCCGCCGUCGUCGCGCAGCCAUGGCUGGCGGACGCGAUGUUCUCGACGGUGCAAGGGGACGACGUCGUCGUCCAGCUGAUCGACCUCGGGGUCGCGUGCACCGAGCACUCGCCGCUGCUGCGACCCACCAUGGUGGAGGUGUGCCACGAGAUCGCCCUCCUCAAGGAGGACCUCGCCAAACACGGAGGCGCGGCCGCGUCGGUGGCGAUGACUGCCAGCGAGGGGUCAUGCUCCACCACGGACUCGUCGUUCUGAGAUGUGGUUGUGGAAGAUAUAGUUCAGCGUCGCCUACACAUUUUGAUCCUCUAUUGAUUUAGCUAGUUUGAACACGUCAUCGCAGUUAAAAUAUUUGCAUACUUUUUUGAGUUACUUGUGCCUUUCAUUUUCUUUAGUUCAGUUAUAAAAACUAUAUAGUUUUACUAUGUAA